AUGCGUCUCAAAGAGAACACGCGACGCAACUUGCCUCUCCUUCAACCGCUUCUCCGAAAGAGGGAUCCGCUUCUUACGCCAGAGAAACCGCCAGCAUCCACCGAGCGAUCCGCAGAACAGGACCCGGAUUCAAUUCUGCGUCUCCGCAAAGCCGGAGAAACCGCCACCGGCAAACCCGCGGCGCGAGAGACGUCGUCACGCGUCGGCGCGUGCGGGUUGUUGGGUUGGAAAUCAACUGCAUUUCCCCCGGGCCUCCUGAACACGGCGCCGCCCAAAGCCCGGCCGCCGCCCGCGCAAGCCGAAGUAAAGCCUAAGUGGGUAAUUGGUGGCUCUGGCUGGCCUCUUCUCAAGGCAUUGAACUCGCUGGCGCCGCGGCGGUUCUUGGGGAAGACGGGGGCGCUCCCGCCCGACAAAAACACGGGCCCGAGUUGGGUGGGAGUGGGGCAAAGUGUUUGGGCUGGUUUACUUUGCGGGGCGGCGCAGCUAGUUGGUUGGUUGUAG